UCGGGAGAGGGGCUCCCGGUCGGGCGGGUUGGGGCGGCGGGCUCAGCACACCACGCCCCCCACCCCGGGUGAGUUUGCAUAAAUAAAUAAAUCCAAGCCGUCGGCCCCGCAGGAGGUGGAGGAGCAAAGGGGAGGAGGAGGAGGAGGAGGAGGGAGGGGGGUGGGAGAGAUUAGUUUGGGAAGUAGCACGGAUUGCUCAUCCGAUCCGUUCAGCGGCGGCUAGUGUGUCAAGUUACAGAGGCGCCGGAAUCGGCCCCAAAGCUCCUCGGCAGCGGCCACGACCCACCUCUGCCCAUGGGGACCUCCAUGUGCGCCCCUUCGCCUCGGGACUGAAACCGGCUCGCCCAGGAGGCGCGAGACACCAAGAAGGACGGACAGCGCAGAACCAACUCCAGGACUCUGCAGAUACUCGAAGGGAAAAACAGAGCGGAGAGGAGAGCCGUCCAGAUUCCCCUAACUUUUCUGGACUUGGAACGUUCUUCUAAGUAACUUUCUUCUCACCUGGGUGUACCCCGUGGUGUUUUUUCGGCUUUCCCCUCCUGCCGCUCCUUUUUCCAUCCUCUGCCGGGAGCAAAGGAAAGGGACAUUUCCCCCCCCCCCCCCUGCCCACAGCUCGGAUAGGCGCCUCAGGGCAGCGGCGCUCGCCUUUAUUUAUUCUAUUUAUUUAUUUAUUGGUUCUCAAGACUCGAGGGGAUGGUAGCGGAGCGCGCCCGCAAAGCGGCAACCGCCGGUGCCCGCGGCCCCGGGGAGCCCAGCGCGCCCGCGGCGGUGGCGCUGGCGGUGGCGCCGGCGGAGCGCUGCGCGCGGCUGCCGAGCCCGGGGUCCUGCGGGCUGCUGGCGCUGGCCCUGUGCUCGCUGGCGCUCAGCCUACUCGCCCACUUUCGGACCGCGGAGCUGCAGGCCCGGGUGCUGCGCCUGGAAGCCGAGCGUGGGGAGCAGCAAAUGGAGACGGCUAUUUUGGGACGAGUCAACCAACUGCUGGAUGAGAAAUGGAAGUUCCACUCUCGGAGGCGCCGGGAGGCCCUCCCGAAGACGUCUCCAGGGUGCCACUGCCCACCAGGACCUCCUGGUCCCACUGGAAGACCUGGCAUCCCGGGGGACAAAGGUGCCAUUGGGAUGCCUGGACGUGUGGGAGUAAAGGGCCAACCAGGCGAGAAGGGGGCCCCAGGAGAUGCCGGCGUGUCCAUCAUCGGCCCCCGAGGCCCCCCAGGUCAGCCGGGCACUCGAGGUUUCCCUGGAUUUCCGGGUCCCAUUGGGCUCGAUGGCAAACCGGGCCACCCUGGACCCAAAGGGGAGAUGGGCCUGACGGGUCCCCGAGGACAGCCGGGACCUCAAGGACAAAAAGGAGAAAAGGGUCAGUGUGGAGAGUACCCACAUCGGCUGCUGCCUCUCCUCAAUUCAGUGCGUCUGGCUCCGCCCCCAGUCAUAAAAAGACGGACCUUCCAGGGGGAACAGGGCCAGGCCGGCAUCCAAGGCCCACCAGGGCCACCAGGCCCCCCUGGACCGAGCGGACCCCUGGGGCCCCCAGGACUGCCAGGGCCCAUGGGGCCAUCAGGCUUACCCGGGCCUCCUGGACCAAAGGGAGACCCAGGAAUCCAGGGCUACCACGGCCGGAAGGGAGAACGGGGCAUGCCAGGGAUGCCCGGCAAACACGGAGCGAAGGGAGCUCCUGGAAUUGCUGUGGCUGGGAUGAAGGGUGAGCCAGGGACCCCAGGAGCCAAGGGUGAAAAGGGGGCGGCAGGCUCCCCUGGGCUACUCGGCCUCCUGGGGCAGAAGGGAGAAAAAGGCGAUGCCGGCAACUCCAUUGGAGGGGGCAGAGGGGAGCCGGGCCCCCCAGGGCUGCCCGGGCCCCCUGGGCCAAAGGGAGAAGCUGGCAUUGAUGGCCCGGCCGGCCCCCCAGGACGGCAAGGUGACAAGGGGGAGCCUGGAGCACCUGGAAACCAGGGACCAGCCGGCCCCAAGGGCACCAAAGGGGAACCAGGGAAAGGAGAGAUGGUGGACUACAACGGAAAUAUCAACGAGGCUCUCCAGGAGAUCCGAACGCUGGCGUUGAUGGGACCCCCCGGUCUUCCCGGACAAAUCGGCCCACCCGGAGCCCCAGGGGUCCCAGGCCAGAAGGGGGAGAUCGGACUGCCAGGCCCUCCAGGACACGAUGGAGAAAAGGGACCUCGAGGCAAGCCAGGAGACGUGGGCCCUCCUGGUCCCCCAGGCCCCCCAGGAAAGUCUGGGCCUGCAGGAAUGAAGGGAGAAAACGGACACGCAGGAAGCCCGGGAGAGAAGGGGGAGAAAGGGGAGAUGGGACAGGCGGGCCCACCGGGUCUAGACGGCCCAACUGGGGAGAAAGGAGAACCAGGUGGCCAAGGGAGGCCUGGAGCAGCAGGAGUCCCCGGCCCUAUCGGGCUCCCGGGAUUUACAGGAGAGAAAGGAGAGCCCGGGGAGAAGGGGGAGCCAGGAGUGGAGGUUCCUGGGCCUCCAGGGCCAGAGGGGCCCCCGGGACCUCCGGGGCUCCAAGGUGUUCCCGGACCAAAGGGGGCAGCAGGACUAGAUGGAGCAAAAGGAGAAAAGGGUGUCCAGGGAGAGAAAGGAGAUCGCGGGCCGCUGGGAUUACCCGGAGCUGCAGGUUUGGACGGCAGGCCUGGGCCACCGGGUACUCCAGGACCAAUCGGAGUCCCAGGCCCAGCGGGACCAAAGGGCGAGAGGGGCAGCAAAGGCGACCUGGGGAUGACAGGACCAACAGGAGCGGCUGGGCUUCCUGGUUUACAUGGACCACCCGGGGACAAAGGAAACCGGGGGGAGAGGGGGAAGAAAGGCUCUAGAGGGCCUAAAGGGGAUAAGGGAGACCAAGGAGCGCCUGGAUUAGAUGCCCCCUGCCCGUUGGGCGAAGAUGGGCUGCCAGUCCAGGGCUGUUGGAACAAGUGAUGCCUCUAACCUGGGAUGGCCUGUGUGUGUGUUUGUACAUAGAAUAUUUAUUUUUAUACAGUUUUCACUUUUUGAAAAUGCCAGAAGUAUGAUGCAUCUUACAGAUUAUUAAAAAAAAAAAAGAAAAAAGAAAAACCUGCAUAUUUUGUACAGAAAAUGCCAGCCUCCUUCCGUUUGUUUACAAGAUGUUUUGUAUAAGUCUACGACUCUAAUACACUUUUUGUUUAUGAGUAUGGGCAUACGUUUGCAUGAUAUUUGUGCACACUUAUUAAGUCCUGAAGCUUAAUAAAUUAUUGUGUUCUGGUGCCAAAGGGGGCCAACCCAGCA